AUGGUGAGUUUUGAUGUCGAGUCGCUUUUCACCAAUGUUCCAGUUAAGGAAUGUCUUGAGGUAGUUAGGACAAGGCUAGCUGACAAUGAGAUACUGGAGUCGGUCAUGGUGUUAUUGCGAAACUGUCUAGAAGGGAGCUACUUUUUAUAUCGACAAAAGCAUUAUCUCCAGAUUGACGAAGUUGCUAUGGGCAGCCCGGUGGCGCCGGUUUUAGCAAAUAUCUGGAUGGAGCAUUUUGAGGCAAACAUAGACCUGCAACCAUGGGCAGUGAAGUUAUGGAAGCGGUAUGUCGAUGAUGUCUUUUGUAUCAUGAAGGGUGGCAAGCAAGAAGUUGAGCAAUUACUCCAGUAUCUCAAUUCCAUUCAUCAGAAGGUGAAAUUUACGUAUGAAUUGGAAUCAGAUCGAAGUUUGCCUUUUCUGGACAUAAAAGUGAUAGGUCGGAUGGAUGGAUCCUUGGCGCACACUGUCUACAGGAAGCCUACUCACACAGAUAGAUACCUCAAUGCUCAUGCAGUCUCACCACCACCCUCGUCACCUACUGUCCGUCGUUAA